CAAGAACGUAAACAAGAGAGACAGAAAAAUAAAAAGAAAUUUUAGUGAAACAAAAUAAAGAAAUUUAUAAAAGAAAACUACAAAACAUUUAAAAAUAGUGAACAUAAAUUCAAAUAAAAAUUCAGCAUAUUGAAGUGAUUAAUAGUAGAAAGACUGACAAAAUCAUGUAGAAAAGUGCUAAAACAAAAGAAGAAAUUUUAUAAACGAAACAAACAAAAAAUAUGGAUUAUUUUGCCAGAAAAUAGCACUUUCCUAACAACAGAAAAAAGGAAAUACAACUGAAUUACCACAAAUUAUCUUCAAAUACCAAAGUGUAGUUGUACAACCCACGUCGUUGUCGUCGCAAUCUUUGUUUAUUUUCUUUUCUUAUAUUCUUUUGUUAUCGAAAUAUAUAGAACAGCGUCGUUUUGGGCAGCAAAUUGUCAUUACCAAACGUAAAACUGGGAAAAAUUAUGAACUUGUGUUCAUCGGUGGGUGCAACAGCAUCAUCGACAUCGUUAGCAUCGGACGAUUCACAACAAGAAACAACAACUGCCUGUGGUGGCGGUGGUGGUGGUGGUAGUGCAUCAAAUUCAUCUGCCUGUGCUGGAGGCGGUGGUGGUGGCGGUGCUGUAGCAUUGACAACACAUUGUUUUGGCAAUUUAACAACGCCCAGUUUACACACAUCAUCUGCAUCGUCAAGUUCGCAUCAUCAUCAUCAACAUCACAAUCAGGGAAAUAGUAGUUCAAAUAACAACGAAAUGCCACCGGAAACCAGACCUAAAGUGGUGACUGUCAAGCACCCAGAAUCGAAUAAACCAAAACCGACAAUGAAAAAAACAAAACCAAUACAAGCUGAUCAAGAUGUUAUCAAAGCACUGCAAAGAUGUCGAGAUGAAGGCAUAAAACGUUUGGAUCUGAGUAAAUCUUCCAUAACAGUUAUACCACCCAGUGUUAAAGAUUGUGUACAUUUAACGGAAUUGUAUUUGUAUAGUAAUAAAAUCGGUCAAUUGCCACAAGAAAUCGGUCACUUAGUGAAUUUAAAAACCUUGGCUUUGAAUGAAAACUCUUUGACUUUUUUACCCGAUUCACUGCAAAAUUGCAAACAACUUAAGGUGCUGGAUUUAAGACACAAUAAACUGGCGGAAAUACCACCUGUCAUCUACAAACUGCGCUCUCUUACUACUCUGUACUUGAGAUUCAAUCGCAUCACUUUGGUGGCUAAUGAUUUAAGGAAUUUAACCAAUUUAACGAUGUUGAGUUUAAGAGAAAACAAAAUUCGAGAAUUGGGUGACUGUAUAGGUGCUUUGGUUAAUUUGACUACUCUGGAUGUGUCUCACAACCAUUUGGAACAUUUGCCCGAAGAUAUUGGAAAUUGUGUUAAUUUAAGUGCUUUGGAUUUGCAGCACAAUGAAUUACUAGACAUACCCGAGUCUAUAGGAAAUCUAAAGAAUUUAGUGCGUUUGGGAUUGCGUUACAAUCGCUUGAGUUCGGUGCCGAAUUCGCUCAAGAAUUGCAAAUGCAUGGAUGAAUUUAAUGUGGAGGGCAACAGUAUUACGCAACUGCCAGACGGUUUAUUAGCAUCACUGAGUGCUUUGACCACCAUCACACUGUCACGCAAUGCGUUCAGCAGUUAUCCCACUGGUGGUCCUGCACAAUUUACCAAUGUUUAUAGUAUUAAUUUGGAACAUAAUCGCAUAGAUAAAAUACCCUAUGGCAUAUUUUCCAGAGCCAAGGGCUUAACUAAGCUAAAUAUGAAGGAAAAUGUCCUGACGGCAUUACCCCUGGAUGUUGGCACCUGGGUGAAUAUGGUCGAAUUGAAUUUGGCCACAAAUGCUUUACAAAAAUUGCCUGAUGAUAUUAUGAAUUUACAAAAUCUUGAGAUUCUAAUACUCUCCAAUAAUAUGCUCAAAAAAAUUCCCAAUACAAUCGGCCAGUUGCGCAAAUUGCGAAUUUUAGACUUGGAAGAGAAUCGUAUAGAGGUGCUGCCCAAUGAAAUUGGUCUUUUGCAUGAAUUGCAAAAACUUAUACUGCAAACAAAUCAAAUAUCUAUGCUGCCCCGUAGCAUAGGACAUUUAAACAAUUUAACUCAUUUGUCGGUGAGCGAAAACAAUCUACAAUUUUUGCCCGAAGAGAUUGGUUCAUUGGAAAAUUUGGAAAAUCUUUAUAUCAAUCAAAAUCCUUGUUUGGAAAAAUUACCUUACGAGUUGGCUUUGUGCACAAACCUUAAAUACCUUAACAUCGAUAAAUGUCCUUUGAGCACCAUACCGCCCGAGAUACAGGCGGGAGGGCCCUCAUUAGUUUUACAGUGGCUAAAAAUGCAUUCGCCGUACAGGCAAAUGUGAGUGGAUGGUGUUAUACGUACUUAUUACGUAGGGAAUGCAUAUUAUUAUCAAAAUUCGCCAUCGCAACACCAACCAGAGGAUCAAAACUAACAGAGAACCAGGAAAAAGUGUGUAAUUACAUGAGUAUGCGUCUAUAACAUCUAUAAUGAAAUUUGAUUCAUAUCUUAGAGAAUUAUUUCUAUUUCAAAACAAUAUAACAAUUAUUUUAUUUAUAUUAAAUUGGGAUAUCUACUGUCCUUUUUUUAAUGAAUUAUUUAAUUAAUAGAAACAAAACUCGGUUCUUCGAUCAACUAAUAACAAACAAAAGAAAAAUUAUAAAACCAAACGAACGAAUGCUUAAUCAAAACUCAACUAAAACAAACGUUCUACUUACAAUAAGUGUAUUAAAAUUAACUUAAAUACAUACUAAUUAAAAAAAAUUAUCAAGCUUUAAUUUGUUAAGUAAAAUAUAGAAAUAUAGAAAAGUACCAGCUUAAAUUCGAUAAAACACUAAUUAAAAAAAUCGUCACAAAAAACGUAUUAUAUAGAACUACUUUUCAACUAACUACGUAACAGUAUAAAUGUACUUUCAAUUUUUACUCAGCUUUUGCAAAAUCGUCAAAAAUCUAUUUAAAAAGAAAACUUUUAAUCAUCAAUCUUCAAAGUCAUCAAUAUAAGGUUUACAGACUUUGAUAGCUGCAGAAAAAAAUAUUAUUUUCCCACAACACUACAACUGAAGUAUUUUCACUUAAAAACGAACAACAACAAAAAAUUUUCCAAUGGAGACAACAAUUGUUUUUUUUUUUUUGCAUUUCAAAGUUAAAACAAUAAAAAAUUACAAUUUAUAAUAAUUUUUAAAAUCUAGUCACUUUUUAAAUAAAUAACGAGAUUAUUAUGUGUAAAUUGAUUAUUUCUUUUACAAAAAUUUUUGAAUUUUUUUCUUAAAAUUAAAUUAUAUGUAUUUAUUUUUUAAUAAAAACAACGGAGCUUUAAAUAUUUAUAUUAAAAAUAUAAUUUUACAAAUAAUUUUCAAAUUAUUAUUUUUAUAUGUGUUUUUUUUUAAUUACAUAUUAUUUAACAAAAUAAAAACUCGCGCCAAGGAAUUGUUAAAAAACAUUAAAUAUAUAUAUUUAUAAGAAAUCAAAAAAAGUAAUAAUAAAAACCUGUUAGUUAUAUUUGUAUGUAAAUUAAAAAAAAAACUCAUAAAAAACUUUAUAAAACACAUUUAAUAAAUAUUAUUAUUAUAUAUUACAAUAAAAGACAAUGUUGCCUUUUAAGCGGCAAUUAAAAACAAAAACUAAAUUGACAACAAAUUAAAAUUCAAAACAACUAUUGUACAAUGAAAAUAAACCAAACUAUUUAAAUCAUUUAAGACAUAGACAUACAUAUUCUUAUAGAAAUUGUUACAAAAAAAAGGGAACUAAUUUCCUAAAAAAUUUAUUUUAACAUGACUUUACCAAAAACAAUAUAAAACAGACACUUCCAGGUUUUAGAGAGCAAUAUUGUCUUUUUAUGUUUAUUGAAAAUAUUUUUUAAACAAAUCAACAGCAAAGCAUACAUUAUUAAACUUAACAAAAAAAAAAAAAAACAA